UUCGCCACAUUGAAUCCAUUACUCAAAAACAAUUUCGGGGACAACAAAGUCGGACGUGUGUGCGCGUCGUGCAGAGUUUUAUUUUUAUAAUUUAUGUGCGAUUUUUUACGCAAGUGUCAACCAACAUGUCCUUUUCGCUACCCCAAAACUUGAUGUACAACCAAAGCUGCAGUUCCAGUGAAACAGAAUACCCAUAAAGUGUCGGUGGAAUGUUGAAUGGGCAGCCUCGUCGCGUUCAAUCACAGAAAAAAAAUAAAUACACAAGCGAAUGCUGCAGCAUAGCAGAGCCCCGAGCCCCCCCGCAGUAAACAAGACCUAGACACAACAAAGUAGUUGGUGAAAUUUUAUUUUAAAACAAAACUCGAUGUCUGUUUUGUUGGUGACAAGAUUUUUUGGUAUUUAAUUAUUAGUGCUUCUUCGUCUCGCUGUGUGCGUGUUGUCGGUGUGCAAAUAACUGCAAUUGCAGCAAACAAACACAUACAUACAUACACACCUAAUUGGAUUAUAGCAGCACGUCGGCAAUAAGAACAACGAAAGCAUCUGCAGCAGCAGCAAAACCAAUAAUACUGACUUCCAAUCGCCAGUGCAUCUUCCAGUGCAGCAGCGCUUCCAACACAUCAUCUGAAUACAUAGUGCCAAAACUGUAACUUCAAAUCCAAAGCAUUCCAAGAACAAGUGGCAUUUUGAUUGUUACAAAUUGUCAAAACAAAACAAAAAAUUAAAAAAAAACGACAGCUGCUUUUCUGCUCUUAACAACAAGUAGAAAGAUCUUCCAGCAGGCGCUAUAAACAAUCAUAUCGUGAUCAUAUAACGUGAUCCAACCUAUCCAUCAACAUACGUCGUAGCUGAUAAAAAUGAAUCUAAAUCAACAUAGUGGACCUGGACCGCCGGAGCUGAAGAUGGAUGUGGAUCAGGUGGAUUCAGCAUCCACCGCUUCGCCCUUCAACUGGCCAAACCCUGCCACAGCCUACAAGGCAAGCGUGCCACAUGGAAAGGUGGCAUCUGCCCAUGUCACAGAUGUCACAGAUGGGGAGGAGGCCAGCGCCUCCCUAACGCCGCAGCAGCAACAGCAGCCGGGGGCAACUGGGAAUGGCCUGCCGCCGGCACCUGUGACCCGUACCAUAUCGUCGGAUCGUCUGGUGACUGGAACCUCCUGUCGGGCUCUGCGCACCGCCGUUUCAGCAUUAUAUUCCGUUGAUGAUUUUGUCAAGGAGAAAAUUGGCUCUGGAUUUUUCUCGGAGGUGUACAAGGUCACACAUCGGACGACCGGCCAGGUGAUGGUGCUGAAGAUGAAUCAGUUGCGGGCCAAUCGACCCAAUAUGCUCCGGGAGGUGCAGCUGCUGAACAAGUUGUCGCAUGCAAAUAUCUUGAGCUUUAUGGGCGUCUGCGUGCAUGAGGGACAGCUGCAUGCCCUGACCGAGUACAUCAAUGGCGGCUCGCUGGAGCAGCUGCUGGCCAACAAGGAGGUGGUGCUCAGCGCCACGCAGAAGAUAAGACUGGCGCUGGAUAUAGCGCGGGGCAUGACAUAUGUCCACGAUGCCGGCAUCUUCCACAGGGAUCUGACGAGCAAGAAUGUACUUAUACGCAAUCUGGCCAACGAUCAAUUUGAAGCCGUCGUGGGGGACUUUGGUCUAGCCGCAAAGAUACCAGUGAAAUCCAGAAAGUCACGCCUGGAGACAGUCGGCUCGCCGUAUUGGGUCAGUCCCGAGUGCCUGAAGGGCCAGUGGUACGACCAGCGGAGCGACAUCUUCUCCUUUGGCAUCAUCCAGUGCGAGAUUAUUGCACGCAUCGAGGCCGAUCCGGACAUGAUGCCGCGCACACCCUCCUUUGGCCUCGAUUAUCUGGCUUUUGUGGAGCUCUGUCCCAUGGACACACCGCCAGUGCUGCUAAGGCUGGCCUUCUACUGUUGCAUCUACGAUGCCAAUAGCCGACCCACUUUCCACGAUGCCACCAAGAAGCUGACGCUGCUGCUGGAGAAACACGAGCACGAGUCGUCGACGGGCGUCAGUCCGCUUAGCUCCUUGGAGCUGAUCAGUUGCUCGCCAGGCGGCAGUGACAGCGAGAAUGCCACGGCCCUGACCUCUGUCCCCACAGUGGGCACAAUUUGCACGGCCCCGGCUGGCACUUUGACGCCCCGCCAUCUGCGAGACGUGAACGAGGAAGGGUUCCGUUUCCCCAUGAAGUCUGCGUCGGCUGCGUUGCCGGGCACGCCGAAUGGCUCGGCCGGCAGCCACGGCUUCGACGAUCACAUCUUGCAGUCUCGCGUGCGCCGAGCCACCCAGAAGCUGGAGGCCGAGAUUCUGCUGCACCGGCGCUCGCUGAGCGAGAACAUUAUCCACUUCCCGAUGCACACGUCGCCGAGUGACAAGGCGCGCUGCCAUCAGAUGCAGCGCCAGCGAUCCUCCACACACUCACCGACGCCGCCCAGGCAACUGCCAGUCGGAAUUGCAACUGCUGCCGUGCUGCUGCCGGUGGUUGUGGUGCCCGAACCGCCGCCACUGCCGCCGCCAGUGUCUGCCGUGCUGACGCUGCGCAAGGUGGGCGAGACGAUGUGUCUGAAGGAUCCGCAGUACAAGCCGGAGACAAACAAGGACAGCAGCGGAACGAAGCCCAAUCCGUUCGAAGCGCUGGCGCAGCUGCGUGGCGUCAAGAAGAUCUUGGGCGCCAAUCCAAAGACGUACGCCGCCGGAGUGGGCGAUCUGUUCAGCUCGUGCUUUGAGAUGCUGGCACCGUUCUUCAAGGAGCUGGCUGCCAUGCAGAGCAAGGCCGCGGCUCAGGGUACAGCGACAGCGGACGGCAGUGAAGUUGCAGCGCCCAAAGCAGACGCAACACCAGCGACGCCCAGUGAACCAAAGAGUCUGCCUUCCUCGCCGCAAAUGACGCGCAAGUACAGCGGCAUGGAGCUGAAGCUGCCCCAACGGAUCAGCAAUGCAGCGGCUGUGCCAGCCACGACAGCGGCGGAAGCUCCACCCGCGGAAGAGGACGACUGCGAUGACUGCAACUCGGAGGGCGAGGAUCCCGACGGAGGCGGCAACUGUGCCGAUGCCGAGUCGAGCAGCGACGACAGCGCAGUGCGCCACUCCACAGUCCCAGCGGCACGCAAGUAUCGCGCCAACUCCCUCUACACGCAUCCCCUGUUCCGGGGCGGACCCAGUGGCACCAGCAUGAAGAACAGCGUCAGUGAAUUCGAGAGCAGCACGCUGCUCAAGGCCAGUGCCUCGACGGUCACGCUGACUGCCUCCACAGCUGCCGCAGAUUCGAAUUCUUGCGAGGAUCUGACCGACUGCGGAAAUAAGUCCAAAGAGCUGCCUUCGGGCAGUGGUUCGGCCGCAGCAGUCGCUUCACCCACACCCCUGUCCGGCUGCUCGGCCCGCCUGGCGGAGACACCCGCCUCCGUUUCGUCGUGCACCGAUCUAGAGCUGGAAGAACUGAAGAACGCCUGCGAUCUGAACGCCGAAGAGCUGAAGAAGACGAACCUGACGCGGCGCGACUCCAUCGAGAGCGGCUUCUUCUCAUGCUUCAACGAGGAGUCGGACCAGGCCAUCACCAACAACAGCUUCAGCAGGCAGCUCAACGGAAUGGGAUCGUUGGGGUUUGGUUGCGGCGGCGCGGCCAGCAGUAGCAGCAACUGCUGCUACGAACAAUUGAAGACGCAGCUGAUGCUCGACGCAGCAGGCAGCGCAAGCAGUGAAAUCAACGAUAAACUGGCGAGUCUGUGUCGAUGCUGCUACUAUGCGACUUCUACAUCGAAUGCUGCUGUGGCCGCGGCAGCCGCUGCUGCCCAACAACAGCAGCAGAAUCACCUGCUUAAUGACACCUCCUCGACCUCAUCGUCGGUGCUACUGAUCGACAACGAUCCAGCAGUCAUUGGCGCCAACACAUCGUCGUCCACGGCGCUGGACUCCAUGGAUGAUCUGGAUGCCGAAAUUGUGGCUCCCCGUCCGCACCAACGUCGCUACACCUGCCAUCAUGCCCUGCUCAGCGGCAAUGUCAGUGAUCAGCAGAUGGCAGCCACGGCCGGGUUGAUCAAUCGCCUGGGCCUGGACUCGGAGAUACACACGCUGUUGCAGCGCAGUCCGUUUGCCACGAAUCAGCUGCUGUAUUGCAAGAAUCGUACCUCAUCCAUCUACACGGACAGCUCGGAUGAUAUCAGCAGCCUGGCAGGAUCCGAUUCGCUGCUCUGGGACGAUCGCUCCUUUACGGCCUUGCCGAGCACACGAUCGGCUCAAAUAGCCAAGAUUGUCGAGUACUUUGAGCGCAAGCGACAGGACUCAUCGCCGCCGUCCAUGCAUCAUCGGAACGGCAAUGGCACUGUGGCCGCCGCUGUGGCUGCCUCCGCGCUGGGCUCCAACUACCUCUCGUAUGAGUCGCGCCGCUACUCGGACUUCAAGCGACACCUGAACCCUGAUGCCCUGUGCUUUGAUCUGGACAAGAAGCCGGCCCACCAGCGGAUGAUGGUGUGCGAGGGAGCGGUCAAGUCGAAACUACCCAUAUUCGACAAGAAGAAGCAUCAGGCGAUGAGCAGCGGCCAGGGCGGAUAGCCGCAGGAUAAUUUAAUGAGCCAUGCCACUGAUUCCUUUAUGAACUUUUUUGUUUAAUGAGUUUUGGAAGUUAGUUCAAAUUCCCAGAGAUUCAAAUUUCCUUCACAGCCGGCAGUACGAUUAUCGACCACUCAAUGGGAGAAUAAAUCAACAAAAUUUACAUUUAGUUUCUAAUUUUAGUUACCGUAUCGUAUCGUAUCGUAUCACGUGUAUAGAGCAGAUUCAAAUUGCAUAUAAGCCAAAUUAUUCUACUAAAAAUUAAGAAUGUUUUUGCCAAGAGCAUAAGAGUAACCAAUUCGUUUGUAUUAGCUUGGAAAAUUGUGUCUAAUAUAUUGUUUUGUAUGAAUAUUACCUAAACAUAAACAUAUAUCGUACAUCGUACUGGUUCCUAGUCCUUCAAAUUUACCUUUGCUAUACAUUUUAUUCUAAAUUAGUGCGCAUCACCCCUCGCCCCCAGAGCGGAAAGUAUUUAUUCUAAUUAAUCGAACCUGUCGCUGAGUAUACUCCUACGAAAUGGCAUAGCUAUUCUUUAUAAAUACAUACACAAACAUGCAUACAUUAUAUUCAUUUAUUUAUUUGAUUUUUUUGGCCUAAAAUCUGUAUAAAAACUAUUAUGUCUACACAAUUAUUAUACAAGAAAAUCAAUAUACAAAUAUACACAUUUACAUAUACAUAAACAUAUAUAUAUAUAUAUAUAAUGGCAUAUUGCAAUACAUACAUUUUAACUGUAACUAUUAGCUACCAUUUAAGGUCAAAGUUAAAAGUAUCUAUCUAUAUCUAUGUAGAAUUUUCAACGUGAGGUUGUAAGACUUGAACGCCCCCCACUUUUCCACUGAAAACUGUACAGAUGGUGCCCCGAUUCGAGAACCUUUACCAUUGGCCAUUAUCAAAAAACGGGCUUAAUUUCGGCGUAGCUCUUAAGUUUUAGUUUUUGAAAAUAAAUACAUAUGUAUACAAACACCAAAACUUGAUAGCACGUUGGCCGAUCAAUUGGACGUGUAUAUUAUUGGAUUUGA